AUGAUGCUGUUUACUGGAGUACGACUGCUCUGGUUGGCGGUAUGCAUUGCAGAGCUAGUCGCAGUUGAGGGCAAUUUAGAAACUGAGAUGUUAAUAGCGACAUUCGAACAGAAGAAUUACUUCAAAUCAUUCGAAGAAUUACAAAAUCGAAUAGGUCCAUUUAUUGAACCAAAAGAGUUCCGACAUCACAAUCACACUCAAAUAUUCGAAUUUCUGAACAGACUUGCGAAUCAGUAUCCGGAGUUGACUUAUCUCUACUCGAUUGGUGAAUCGCAUCAAGGCCAACCACUCUAUGUGAUCGCUAUAUCGUCAGUUCCAUCGGUUCAUACGGCCGGACGGCCAGAGUUCAAAUACGUUGCAAAUAUGCAUGGUAAUGAGGUGACGGGUCGAGAGAUGUUGCUGCAUUUAGCUGAAGUAUUGCUAGUGAAUUACGGUAGGAAUGAUUAUAUAACACGAUUGGUUAACACAACUCGCAUCCAUAUAAUGCCAACAAUGAAUCCAGAUGGAUACGCACGAGCAAUUCUAGGCGAUUAUUCCGGAAUCCAGGGUCGUGGAAAUGCGAGGAAUGUGGAUUUAAAUCGAGAUUUUCCAAGCAGAUUUGAACAAACUCAAAAAGUGUCAGUGCAACCGGAAACAGCUGCCGUUAUGCGAUGGUCAAGUGUUAUUCCAUUCGUGCUGUCAGCAAACCUACACGAUGGCACGAUGUUAGUGAAUUAUCCGUAUGAUGAUGGACCAAUACUGGGAAGACAAAUAUCAAAAACCGGUGAUCACGAAUUGUUCGUUAGACUCGCAUUCUCUUACGCCCGUGCUCAUGAGUUUAUGUGGAAAGAGGUUGNGUUGAUCACAACUUUUAACGGACCACGUUGUUUACCUGAUGACGGAUUUGAUCCUCGCAUAGGAAUAACCAAUGGCGCAGAGUGGUAUUCAGUAUCAGGUGGAAUGCAAGAUUGGAAUUAUGUGAAUACGAAUUGCUUCGAGCUAACCGUUGAGAUGAGCUGUCAGAAGUUUUCUUAUGAAGAAGAUUUACCGCAGUUAUGGCAUGAUAACAAAUAUGCUUUAUUGCAAUUUAUCGAUCAGGUUCAUAACACACUGCAUGGCUUUAUAUUUGACUAUAUGACGGGUCGAGGUAUCUAUAAUGCGACAGUAUCGAUAAACGAUCAGGGUAAAGUGGUGCGGUCGUUCAUGUUCGGUGAUUAUUGGCGUUUGGUAAAUCCGGGUACAUAUCAAGUGACGUACGACCAUCCGCUCUAUAUGCCCGUAACGAUCACUAUCACAAUAUCGCCUGAAGCACCAUUCGCAUUCCAAAACGUGACCCUCAGAAGGCGAGCUCAUACUCAUCGCCAUGUGCAUGAUGCUAACCAUGCCCUCUCAGUAUUCCAUUGUUCUUCUCUCUGCCUACUUGCCUUGCUUAUGCUUACUCCUCUCAGCUUCAAUUCAUUCAUUUAUCUCAUCAGCCCUGAUUCGUUAUUGAGGAUCUUCUAA